UUUUUAGAAUCAGUAUUAAAACUGAAAAGGAUCUCAGAAAUUUGAGGAGGCCUCUAAAAUGGGAAAUGAUAUGUCCGAAGUCAUAUAACCUAUUAAGUACAACCAAGGCCAAAGACCUGGUCUUCUGCCUCUCCAGGACAGCACUGCUACAGAACAUUGCCUUUUAUUGUAGUCUCAAGAAGGAGGGACAGAAUGGUUUCAAUUCCAGAAUACUAUGAAGGAAAGAAUGUCCUACUCACAGGUGCUACUGGCUUCCUGGGGAAGGUGCUUCUCGAAAAAUUACUUCGGUCUUGUCCUAAGGUGAAUUCAGUGUACGUGUUAGUGAGACAGAAAGCUGGCCAGACUCCACAGGAAAGAGUGGAGGAGGUGAUUAGUGGCAAGCUUUUUGACAGACUGAGGGAUGAAAAUCCACAAUUUAGACAAAAAAUCAUAGCAAUCAGCAGUGAACUCACGCAACCGAAACUGGCCCUUACUGAAGAAGACCAAGAGAUCAUCUUAGAUUCUACUAAUAUCAUAUUCCACUGUGCAGCUACUGUCAGAUUUAAUGAAAAUUUAAGAGAUGCAGUUCAAUUAAACGUGAUUGCUACUCGACAGCUUAUUCUCCUUGCACAGCAAAUGAAGAAUCUGGAAGUGUUCAUGCAUGUAUCAACAGCUUAUGCAUACUGCAAUAGAAAGCAUAUCGAUGAAGUAGUCUAUCCCCCUCCUGUUGACCCCAAGAAAUUAAUUGAUUCUCUAGAGUGGAUGGAUGAUGGACUAGUAAAUGAUAUCACUCCCAAACUUAUAGGAGACAGACCUAAUACUUACAUAUAUACAAAAGCCUUGGCUGAAUAUGUUGUGCAGCAAGAAGGGGCAAAACUAAAUGUGGCAAUUGUAAGGCCGUCAAUUGUUGGUGCCAGUUGGAAGGAGCCUUUCCCAGGAUGGAUCGAUAACUUUAAUGGACCAAGUGGUCUCUUUAUUGCUGCAGGGAAAGGAAUUCUUCGAACAAUGCGUGCCUCCAACAAUGCCCUUGCAGAUCUUGUUCCUGUAGAUGUAGUAGUCAACACCAGUCUUGCAGCAGCCUGGUAUUCUGGAGUUAAUAGACCAAGGAACAUCAUGGUAUAUAACUGCACGACAGGCAGCACUAAUCCUUUCCACUGGGGUGAAGUUGAAUACCAUGUAAUUUCUACUUUCAAGAGGAAUCCUCUCGAACAGGCCUUCAGACGGCCCAAUGUAAAUCUAACCUCCAAUCACCUUUUAUAUCAUUACUGGAUUGCUGUGAGCCACAAGGCCCCAGCAUUCCUGUAUGAUAUCUACCUCAGGAUUACUGGAAGAAGCCCAAGGAUGAUGAAAACAAUUACUCGUCUGCACAAAGCUAUGGUUUUUCUAGAAUACUUCACAAGUAAUUCUUGGGUUUGGAACACAGACAAUGUCAAUAUGUUGAUGAACCAGCUAAACCCUGAAGACAAAAAGACAUUUAAUAUAGAUGUGCGACAGUUGCACUGGGCAGAAUAUAUAGAAAACUACUGCAUGGGAACUAAGAAAUACGUAUUGAACGAAGAAAUGUCGGGUCUCCCUGCAGCACGGAAACACCUGAACAAGUUGAGGAACAUACGUUAUGGUUUCAAUACUAUCCUUGUGAUUCUGAUUUGGCGUAUUUUUAUUGCAAGAUCACAAAUGGCAAGAAAUAUCUGGUACUUUGUGGUUAGUCUGUGUUAUAAGUUUCUGUCCUACUUUAGAGCAUCCAGCACUAUGAGAUAUUGAAGAAAAGAAUUUAGCAUUAGGACAUCUAUGCAUAUGGUGGUCUUAACUGCACAAAACCUGUAAAAUGUACUUAAGUUAUCUCACUUUUUGUCAAGACAUUAAACCAUCUUAGAUCUGGAGUGUGGAAUAAGUGACAGUACAUUUUAUGUAACAUUUAAAUGUGUUUACUCACAGAAACCUAGAAAAUAAACGGUUGGAUGUCAGCUCAAACCAAUAUUAACCAAUUCUAUGAUAACCACACAAUCAAGGCUUCACAUUUUUAUCCUGGAGGGUAUUUUGGGAAUGGGGGAACAAGGAGGGAGGAAGGUGGGAAAAAAUUAGGACCACUGACCAAUAUAACUGUGCAACCCUGGAAACACAUCAAUUGAAAUCUAUGCCUUAACAUAGUGUAUUUCUCAUUGUAAUUUUAACCUGAAUGGGAACAUCCAUUUGGACAUAAAUAUUGGCUUAUUUGUUUGAACUCAAUCUUUUAUUUUUCUUUUCCAUGGAAAUGUUUUAGUCAUAUACAAAAUUUUGUCUAAACUUAUGGAACACAUUUAUCCUUUAAAUUAUUGAAAAUUCUCAGACAUGAAUGUGUAGAUGUCAUUAUUUGUUUUUGUUUUUGUUUUUUUUUUUUUUUUUGGUUUGUUUAUACAUAUUUUCCCCAUUUGUUAAGGAUUUGAUUCAUUUAGUUUACUUAAUUUUAUUAUUGAAAGGCAAUUUAGCCAUAUGUUCCACUUGACCUUUAGGAUUUGAUGGGUUUCAGAAUUCAUAUAUUUUUUGAUGUAUUUUUGAAGGGAAAUUAAAAACAGCAACACAGCAGUAGUCAAAAUAUUAAAAGGAAUAGAAAUACCAGCUGCUAAGUUGUUCCAACUAUGGACGAUCAUGAAAUUAGUCCAGUAGGAAUCUCUUGAACUUUUGAAGCCUGAAGAUUUCUUUAGACUCUUAUUCAUGCCUUUCGUUCACCCCUUUUAUAAAAUUGUCUUCAUAGAAUUUUUAAGAUAUAUGCUUUCCAACAAAAACUGAAUGUGCAUUAUGAAAGAAUGUAUUUGUGAGCAGUGAUGCCAUCUACCAGACAUAGAAAUGUGUGUAAGCACAUACUACUUUUCUAACUUGCAAGCUGAAUUCCUUCAAGAAAAAAAAGAAUAAUGCUUCAAAGAAUAAUGUGUAUUAAAUCCAAAUAAAGGAGUUUAUUAACAUACCAUGUUUAAUAGCAAACUGUUGAUUGAAUUUGGAGAUAUUGUCUAUUUUCUGUGCAUGUGGUUUUAGUUUUAGGAAGAAAUACAUUUAUAGAAACUUCUAGAGUUAAGAAAGAGUUGAAGUAUAUUUUAAUGACAUUAUGAUUUCUCUUUAAAUCUCAGUAGAAUGCUAUAUUAUACUCUUAACAUAACUUUCAUUUUACAAUUUGUUCAGCAUAACACUGUGUUCAAAUUAAAAUGAUCACGUUGUACUGUAUUUAAAUCAUCAGCAAUGAAUAUUUGAAUAUAUUUAAAGAGGUCAAUUCACAACCCAAAAGAAUUACAUCAGAAUCAACACCUUGGUAUUAUUUUCUUUGUCAAUUUCAAAACAAUGUCUGAAAAGCUUAUUUUGCUAUUGUUGUGAAAAGCUAACUGUAAAAGAAAACACCUUCUUUUGUGUAGGUGUAUAAUCUUGAGAUUAAAAAUGCUUCCAUGUUGAAGCCAAACAUUCUGUAGUAAAAACUUUAAAUAUCCUUUUAAAAGAUUCUCGGUCUCUCUUCCCUCCCUCCCCCACGCACACACGUGUGCACAUAUGUGCACACACACCCCUCUUUUGAAAUGUCACUUGCUUUCCGGUCCAGGACCAUACCUUUUCAAGGUAUGAGAGACCUGAACAGCAUCUAAAAUGGAAUAAAUGACAGUUCCUGGGUUUUAACUAUUCCACUUAAUUAAUAUUCCUACUGUAUGCAUUAAACCACCUCCCUGAAUGUAUUUUGAUAAUAUUGAAAAUAUGCUAAUGUGGGUAUGAUUUACAGUUUCUGGAAAAUAUAUCUAGACUCCUAAAACCUAUCUUUGUAUCUUGUAUGUGAACUUGGAGGGAGAUGGUGCUUUUCCAUAACUAUUGGCUGAAGCAGGGGUAUGCACGUUUUAUGUGUAUGUACAUAUGUAUGUAUGUACGUUUGUUCAGCAGUUUCAUUGUUCCUGUCGUAAACAUAACUUAAAAAUAUGUCUACUUCUAAAUUUCUUUUAUUGUAAGUUUGAGAGGUGCUAAAGCCCCUGCACUAACUUUUUCUGUUGAAAAGUUUGCUUUUAAAGGAAGGCUAUUAAAUAAAUGUGAAUCAGUGCAUCAUUGUGGAGCAUAAAGAUCCUUCAUCUUUGCCCUGGGUAUGACCUUUUGUCCUCAAGGGAAUAUAAAUGCUCUGAAAGAGUUUUAAAGUCCCUCUCCUGUGCUUUGCCACCUCAGUAGGUUGUGGAUUUCUAUCUUGUCCUGGGUUAUUUUCUCCCUGGACGGAACCUCUUUGGGGCUUUUUCCAUCAGUAACAUUAGCACAUCGUUUCAUUCCACAUGAGCCAGUUGCUAACAUUGUUUUUCAAGAAUAUUUUUUCAUUGUGGGAUCCAAUAACAUUGUUUUGGAGGUGUCAAACAUUUUAAGUGUCAUUGUGAUCGUAAUGAAUUAAUUUUGUUACAGCAAACCUUCAUAUUCCCCAUGAUUAACAAAAACAAAAAGCACAGCAAAACCUUCUCUUAAGUAGGAAUGGUUUUAUGAAAUUAAUAGUCAUUGAGUUUGUAAUGAUAGAGCUUGAAAUGGGGGGUGGGAAAAAUAUUUUUCCCAAUACCAUAAUUUUAUACCCUUCUUUUUCUGUUCGCUUGUUGUAGGGAUAGUUACUUAGAAUAAAAAUGUAACUCAAUACUCUUUUAUAAGACUUAAAUAGAAGCGUUAUUGAGUGCCUUUUGUUUGUAAACCAAAAAGAUUAAUAAACAAAUCCCUAUA